CCGCAUCUAUCAGCUCGAACCAGAUCUCCGGCACUUCCACGAUAAGCGGGUCAGAGCUCUUCGCUCCAUACCGAUUCAAAUGGUCCUCCACGCCCAAAGCGAUUCUUGCAUUUGCGUCUGCAAACACAAGGAGGUUGCACGCAGCAACUCCAGCGAGAAGGCUGCCGCUAUACCUCUCCAUCACAGCAUCCAACAGAUCCUGGACAGUUCCAACCAGUGCGGCGGAGUCUACUGCCGCGCACUUGAAUGUGAAUGGACUGCGAGAACCCGCAUUCACUGAUCGGAACCAGACAUUGGGUACCUCCACGAUGAGAGGGUCGCCACAAUUUCUUUCGUAGUGAUCCAUCUUCUGGUCGAGUCGUAAUGGCGUCUGUGCUUGGCUGUUCGCAAACACUUUGAGAAACCCAGAAGUCAGCUCUGGAGUCCCCCAAAGCUAAGCUUUGCGCCCUUCAACUUUAUGUGCUCCACACAAGCGACUUAUCGCCUCACAGUUGCACACCCAAUCAAGAUGCUGCGCCGAGCGGCGUCUUCCUCUGCAGCGCGAGGCUUGUCGACGCUCUCGUUCAGCGCGCCGCCGCCAACGCCCAACCGCCGCGUGGUAGUGACUGGCCUGGGCGCCGUCACGCCCUUCGGCGUGGGCGUCUCGCGCUCGUGGGACGCGCUGCUGGACUCGCAGUGCGCCAUCCGCACGGUGGACGCUCUGGCAGACACGGGACUGAACUGCACUAUUGGAGCCACCGUGCCGCGAGGAGACGGCGAAGGGGCGUUCCGCACGAAAGACUGGGUCAAUGUGAAGAACUUCCGCUCGCAGGAGCCAGACUUCAUCGCCUACACGCUGGCGGCAGCUGGCGAAGCUAUCAAGGAUUCGGGCUGGAGUCCUGAAUCGGACGAGGAGCGAGAACGAGCGGGCGUGGCUAUUGGUUCUGGAAUGGGAAAUAUCCAAGAAGUCAUGGAUGUGGGCCAGCUCAUCAAGGAUAAGAAAUAUCGUCGGGUGUCGCCAUUUUUCGUGACGCGGAUUCUUAUCAACCUUGCAGCGGGCCACGUGAGCAUUGAGCACGGUCUCAAGGGCCCGAACCAUUCUUGCGUGACGGCGUGCGCCACAGGAAGUCACAGCAUCGGAGACGCCGCGAAUUUAAUUCGCCACGGAAACGCCGAUGUCAUGGUCGCUGGUGGCACUGAAGCCUCUCUUAACGAGAUUUCGGUCUGCGCCUUCUUGCGCGCACAGGCACUUUCCACGAAGUUUAAUGAUCGCCCGCAAGAGGCAUCGCGACCAUUUGACUCGCAGCGUGAUGGAUUCGUAAUGGGCGAAGGUGCUGGUGUCGUUGUGCUGGAGGAGUACGAACAUGCUAAGAAGCGCGGGGCUAGAAUCUACGCGGAGGUGCGAGGCUAUGGACUCAGCGGCGAUAGCAACCACAUUACCGCUCCUCUCGAAACUGGCGACGGUGCUCGACGUGCGAUGGAGUCGGCUGUCGCACAGUCGGGCCUUGCGCUGUCGGAAAUUGGAUACAUCAAUGCUCAUGCGACCUCAACCCCGCUGGGCGAUCGCGCCGAGAACGCAGCGGUAAAAGAGCUUUUUGGCGAACAUGCUACACAACUUGGAAUGUCGUCGACGAAGGGCGCUGUUGGCCACUUGCUUGGCGCUGCUGGAGCUGUGGAGGCUAUCUUCUCGAUUAAGGCUCUGCACCAUAACGUGAUGCCUCCUACGCUCAACCUCAAUGAGAUGACAGAGGAGUUCACACUCAACUACGUGCCAAACCAACCGCAGGAGAAGGAGCUGCGCUCAGUACUUACGAACUCGUUCGGAUUCGGAGGAACCAACGCAAGUCUCUUGUUUGCCAAGUAG